CGCAUCGCCAUCGCAAGGCGCCAAGCGUGGCUCUAAUGUGGUGUUUGUUUACGUCAAAUUACGUGGUUUACGUUGUACAUACAAUAGUAGUAUACAGGUGUUGUGUGGUUGUACAGCCUGCAGAGCGCGUUACAAAGGUUUUGGUUUCUUUGUGAAUGUAUACGAGGCUAAACUUGCGUUAAGUCAGUGUUUCAGUGUUGGUGUCAACAAACGCGUUUAAUCAAAUGGGCCGAACGGCUAGCGAUCCCGAGCGUCUGCGCAGCGGCGUUGAGCAGGUUUUGAAAGCAGGAAACUACUCUGAAAACGAUGUACAGGAGCUUCUCAAGAAGGUACCGAAACGAUGGCAGAGACACGGAGACCUUGUGAUCCUUAGGCGAGGCGCUUUCGACGAUUCCCGCUGGGACCAUGUCCGGGUCCAACUGUGGGAUGUGAUUUGUGAUGCCCUCCGUUGCAAGAGGCUGGCACUGGCGGGAAGGAUCGCGGACGACGGGCACCGAACUCCCCGGGUUGAGUUGGUGCGCGGACACGAUGGCUGGGUCGUGCACGUCGACAACAAGAUCAAGUACACUUUUGACAUCACUAAGUGCAUGUUCAGUGCGGGAAAUGUCACGGAGAAGCUCCGGGUAUCCAACAUGGACUGCCGAGGCGAGAUCGUCGUGGACCUCUUUGCUGGCAUUGGUUACUUCACCCUGCCAUACCUUCUGCACGCGGGAGCAGCGCACGUGCAUGCCUGCGAAUGGAACCCCGAUGCCCUUGAGGCUCUGCACAGGAACCUACAACUGAAUGGGGUGCAGGACCGGUGUACCGUCCAUGCCGGUGAUUGCCGAGAGGUCUGUCCCGAAGGAGCUGCCGAUCGAGUUAACCUGGGCCUGAUCCCGUCGUCUGCCAUAGGCUGGAAGACAGCAUGUAGAGCGCUCAACCCUCAGCGCAAGAGGUGCUGGAUGCAUGUCCACGAAAACAUCGAAUCGAAGCCCGAUGCAAAAAGAUUGAUGUCUGAGCAGCUAGAAGAGCGCGUCCGUCAAGUUUGCACCUCCAUGGCAGACUUGAUGAAAUACUGUUAUCCGAGCUGCAGCUGGCAGAUUACAUGUACCCAUGUUGAGCACGUCAAGUCGUAUGCACCCCAUGUUGAACAUGUGGUGAUGGACCUGCGGUUCGAUCAGUUGGCAAAAACGUGAACGUCGUUCAGACGGAUUGUACUUCAAAGAACGGCCCUUCUUCAAAUGUGUGCAUACUGGCUAGCCCUUAAAGCAAUUUGCUUCAAGGGCUUUAUGAUGUUUAAUGUUGCUCGCGUCAAAUAAGAUUAAUGUUAAUAUUAGCUCACUGCAGACAUCUUUUCAAGUGAGGGAGGUGACAAAAGAGCUUGGUGCGAGCAAAUAUGUUUGUCACGCUCAGACUUGUGUGGUGCUCUUCUUGUAAAUAAUAAACUUUAAAUAACCCUCAUGCUUGAA